CGCAACGCAUCAUUGCUCGCCGCUAUCCAAUUGGCAAACAACCCUGUAGGCGUAGUAGGAGGGAUUUAAAUCCCCUCUGACGGUCACAAAACUACGGUCUAUGCACGUUCAGGCAUGGACGAAUAAGCAUGCCAGUAUUGCCAGCGUGGGUUGGGGUAGGUAGUAGUAGAGGGGGCAUAAUUGGUCGCGCGUGACACGCCAAAGCACACAGCCAGAAGCGACUUUUCUAUGUAUGUGCAUGUGUGUGCAACAGCGCUUUACGUAUAGGGCGACCUCUAGUUUCUUGCGGCGGCUGUGGAAUCGUCGUCAUCGGCUGCCUGUGGGGACUCUGUUGUACUAGCAGGCGAGUGAGAGAGCGCGACGGACGGACGCACGGAGCAGCGGACGUGUACAGCAAGCAGCAGCGCUGUGGCAGAGCCAAGCCCCCAAGCAAAAUGGCGUCGGGUGCCGCCGAGCCAGUUAAAUUUGCAGCCAGCACGUCUAAACGCCCGAAACAUAAUGCCAUCCUCGACUCCAAGCACCUUGAUCAACAUAACGCAUCUUCUCAACUGCAUCAACAAGGCACGCUCAGAGACAGCAAUGCUUUUUCAGAACUAAGCGAUGUUAUUAAAUCGGCUUCUACUUCGUCUGAUGUAACCAACUCGUCUACGCCGACACGUACCGAUUCCAUGAGUGAUGAUACUGGUUUCCCGAUUGACACUGCAGAUGAAAAAGAUGAAGUAUCAUCUACAGUUUCAAACUUAUCAGAGUUAUCAGGAAUUUCUGGAUUGUCCGACGAUGAUGAUGGUGGUAUGGGGUGGAGGAGUGCCCUUUCUUGGGUUCAGAAACAGAUACAAAUGGGUACAGAUCCAAGGGAUGUUUUGAAGGUGAUGUUCUCUGAUCAUAGUGAAGUUCCAGAAGAAGUGGAUGAUAUUACUCUGUGGAAGAUUGUUAUCAAUAGAAUGUCAGAGCCACCAAAGAGACAAAAAUUAUCCCAUAUCAACACAAUGUCAGAUGUAGUCCAACUGAUAAAAAAUUGUAAAAACAUCAUUGUACUAACGGGAGCCGGCGUAAGCGUGAGUUGUGGCAUUCCCGACUUUAGAAGUAGAGACGGCAUUUAUACCAGAUUAGCACAAGAUUUUCCAGACUUACCUGAUCCACAAGCAAUGUUUGAUAUCAACUAUUUUUCACAAGAUCCUCGACCGUUUUACAAAUUCGCACGUGAAAUUUAUCCAGGACAAUUCAAGCCAAGUCCAUGUCAUAAAUUCAUAAAAAUGUUGGAUGAACAAAAAAAACUUUUAAGGAAUUAUUCUCAAAAUAUCGAUACGUUAGAACGCGUAGCUGGUAUCAAGAAUCUGAUUGAAUGCCAUGGUUCUUUUGCGACAGCAUCGUGUACAAAAUGUAAACAUCAAGUGUUGGCGGACGAUAUUCGAGAGGAUAUUUUUGCACAGAAUAUUCCAAUGUGUCCAAUGUGCCAAGACGAAUCGCUACCUUCUAUUGGAGAAGUGAAUAUGAGUGAUAAUUACAAAGAUUUAGUGGCACAAGGUGUAAUGAAACCAGACAUAGUAUUUUUUGGUGAAGGCCUCCCAGACGCCUUUCAUGAUGCGAUGGCUAAUGAUAAAGAUAUCUGCGAUCUGUUAAUAGUCAUUGGCUCGUCAUUGAAAGUCCGACCAGUUGCGUUAAUACCUUCGUCAAUUCCCGCAAAUGUCCCGCAAAUUUUGAUUAACCGCGAGUCACUCCCACAUUUAGAAUUUGACAUUGAACUGCUUGGCGAUGCAGACGUGGUAAUAAAUCAAUUAUGCCACAUGUUGAAUGGUAAUUUUAAGGACGUAUGCUGGUUUGACACGAUUUUGGAAGAGGCUCCGAAACUACUGCCACCCAGGUUCCCUAUAAAUGAUGCUUGGGAUCAAAGUCAAGACACCUCGACUCAAGACUUUUCACAAGACAGUGCACAAGUGGAUUCCGAUAAUUUCAUAGCUGGUUCCUCCUCAUCGAAGAGAGAAUUUGAUCGCGAUGAAAAGGAUAAGAAUAACGCUCUUGAUGACCGGCCGUGGAAGAAAAUCAAAGGUGAUACGGAUUUGAAAGAACUCUUUGAAGAUGAGCCGAUAUCUCAUAUUUCUUGUACAAAAUUCUAUUCGAGCAUGAUGAAGUAUUAUGAUAAAAAGGGUACGAAUACAGAGAGUGAUAACGACAGUGUAACUGAUACAACAGCACAUAGCAGUCAAGAAGAAUCGCAAGACGAUCAAAAAGAAAAUAAUCAAUUAGAUGACAGACCUUGGAUCGACGAAGAGAAUAAAAGUAAAAACAAUGAAAAGUCAAGCGAAUUCUCCGACGACAUGAUUCAUGAUGCCGAAUGUAUGGACGUUCGAAGCUUGUCGUUCCACUCCGAAUACACAGAGCGUACUGUCAAGAACUUCACAUUCAUCGAGGAAAGUCACAAAAGACAAUUAACCUUCGAUAACAGUCCCAAGUCUGUAGACUCGUCGCGAAAAAGUAUGACCCUGAGUUCAGGCGAAAGUCCGACAACCUCUUACGAGUCGUCAUCGCGAGCGGCUGAAGAGAUUUUCAUAGCCGACGACUGUCACGUUGUUCCUAGGAUAGAUCUUCUCCGAGAUGAUUUCACUCCCGACAAUUUGAAUCCUUCAAAAUCAUUCGACAAACUAGAAAUGAAACCGAGACAUGCGUCGAUUGAUUCAGUAAUGGAUUCUGCAUUAGGGGAUAGCUGCAGUAGCUCCGACUGCCAGAAGAGGAAGAAUGAUAACGAGGAUGACGACUCAGACGAAAACAAAAAAUCACACAAAUUCGAGAGCCAUUCAUCGUGGCAACAUAACGUGAGAGAUAGUCUUGCAUCAAGAUUACCUGAAAACGCAUAUUACCAAAUGAAACCAGGAAAGUACAUUUUUCCGGGUGCCGAGGUAUAUACAAAUUUCCCGUGGAAUGAAGGGGUUCUUCAAUUCAGCGGGUUGAGGUCAGCAUUAACGGAAACUCAGUUAUGUGAUCAUUGACCAGAAGAAAAUGAAGUCAAAAUUGAGACUUAAGUGAGCGAUAAUUAGAAUACUAAGAUAGGAAGACAUGCAAGAUGUUGGUGUAAAGAAGACUGAGGCCAAAAGGAUAUGCAUGUUUUCAUUGUCAUUGCAAGAGAGCAGCGUAAAAAACUGCCCUUGGUAUGGAACGUUAUUAGAUGAAUGUUACGUAGCUUUUGAGUUAUAACUCAAAGUUUGGUGCAUUUAAAAAACAAAUAUGUUUUAUCAUUGAGCGUAGCAAGAAAAAACUUAUAACAUAGCAGGAAAAACAAAAUAAGAUAUACAAUAGGUUUUCUAUACUGAAUCAAGUGUAUCUCUUCCUAAGUUAUAGGUCGAUUUGUCUGAUCCAUUACGAGAAGAUCUAAGCCGUUAGUUGCUAUAGUUAAGGGCUAAUCUGCAGCUCUUUAAGUCUGCAUUCGUAUUGAUCAUGAAACUCAUCAUCAUGAAAAAAUAAACAUAAUUAAUUUAUAAUAUGGAUAGAAAAGAAUUAUUGAUGCAGGAAUGCUAUCUGAUUUCUAUUCUUUCAGAUUUAGGUUGAUCGUUGCUUAUUUAUCUGUGAACGCCUUAUAAAUAUUGAGAUAAAAAAAUCACAUCAUUGAGCAUUCGUUUAAAUUGAAGUCAUGCGUAAAAUAUGUAUAGCCGCUAUUUAGGUCGUUUUUAAAUUAAAUUAAUCUAAUUGUACAUACACGUCAAAGUGCAUACAUGAAAUUCACUUUUUGCGCGAUGAACUUAUUUACGUCCAGAUUUACAUGUAAACGUAUAAGGAACGAAUUUGGGUGUGAUUUUUAAUGUUUGAAACUUGCAUAGGAAGAAAUACACGUUGGACUGUUUUCGAGUGUGCGUGCGAUUUAGUCAGGAUAUUUCUUUGUUUGAACUUCGAAGCAGCUGAAAAGUUCGAAUUGUUAACAACUCUAUUUAACAGAAAUAAGCUGCAAGGUAGUUUUAAGUGAAAGUGAACACUUAUUUGAGCCACAAUUAAUAUUUUCUAAUAAGCAAUAAUGAACGUUUCUUCACAUCAGUAAGCCAAAAAUAUCAAUUCAUGUAUUCCAUAUGCAAAUUUAAUUUUGUCGAAUGGUUCGAUAAGUUGAACUUUCAAUUUUCAUUGGAGCACGGGCGAAUGUACAAAGCAAUGUUGGAUAGCUUCUCGCAUUGCGCAUUAUUUUUAUAUGAAAAAGGGAUAAUUAAUACAAAAAGCGCAACAAUUCCCGACAAACCUGAAUUUAUCGUUUCUAUCUUUACCUACAAUCAUCAUUACAUUUUUGUAGCGAUUUUGUCGAAAUUGUUGCUGUAGCUUGUACUUUCUAAGAAACAAAGAGGUUGUGUGCAAGUAUAUUAUUAAAUAUAGAUAAAUUUAUAAAUAUAUUAUAUAUAAAUAAACCAUAUACAUAAGAUAGAAUUAAAGAAAUAUCACGGAAAAUUUGACGACUCGGUGUUCGAAAUAGCAACGCAGCAAAGAAUCGAGAAUUACAAUGAUGAGGCUAGAUAAAAUCAAUGCUACUCUGAUGCAUUCCUCGUGCUGAGCGUAGCAUUUUAUAAGAGUAAGACGAAGAAUUUUGCUUUGUUUAUUGUGAACUCUUAUCAUCAAUUGUACAGAUUUUCUUUUGACUAUCUUUAUUCUCUACCCGUACUUUUAUUUAUUUAAAUCGAGAGCAAAAGUUGGUCAGUACUCUCUCUCCUGAUCGUCAUUUUUUUAUACUUUGACAUUUACGUAAAAGGAGAUCUUGUUAUACCGUGAGAAUGGUACUUGAGUCUAAGUGAAAGAGAAAGAGAGAGAGAGUUUUAUAACAGCAUCUAAAGAAAUUGACAAUCACACCAACUUUAAUCGACAGUACUGAUUUCUUUUUUUUUUCUUUAUUUGUAUAGUUAUGUAUCCUCUGUAAAUAUUUAUUAUUUUUACUUAUAGUUGUAUAGUAAAAUGUAAACUUCGACCGAGCAAUCUGAGCGUGGAAAGUCGAUAUCAAAUAUUUUGUAAUGACCCUUUAUCCUCCUCGUUUUCGAUAUUCUAACGAUCAGAUUGCUUAGUUGCAGUGAGAUGCAGAAGCUUUGAAUUUUUUAUAAUUUGUUAUUUAAUGUAAUGAAUGUUAUAAAAAUGUUUUCUUUAUUAUCAAUGUUGUACGAAUAUAAUUCUGUUUCUUUUGGUAUUACUAACGUAUAAGCAUAUAUAAAAUGUAAAUUAAACAUUUUUCUAUAAUAGAAAGUGUUUUUUUUUUAUCACUAAAAUAUGAAAUAUCCUUCGAGCUCAACGUUUCCGCGUCGGACUCUUUUAUAUAUUUUUAGUUUUAAUACAAAAAGAACUAUAUACUGUUUUUAUCAAUUGUUUUACCACUUUGAUCAGAAGAAAAAUUACCAUUCAAUACUUCACUCUUGAAAAAGAUAAUUAGGCGUUUGUAUUACCGUCGAGAGGUCUACUAUAAUCUUAUAAGAAGAUAAAAAGAAUACAAGUCAAUUGAUAUUGUAAAUAUUAUAGCGUUUGAAAUUCAAAAAUUACCUUGCGAUUACGUAGAGAUGCAGCCGCCGUCGAUACGGAAAAACGCUAACGUAAUUGUGAUGUUAGUUUUUGCAAUGGUAAAGCAAAAAAAUGUUAAACAUGUAACUUAUUAGUUAAUAAUAUAAAGAAUUAUAUUAUGAUUAAU